AUGCCUGCUGCUGAUUGGCCCAUUCAUGCUCCGGGGUCAUGCGAGAUCAUGUGUGAACGACGGUGGGGGUGUCACGUGUUCGCGCAUCAAGCAUCCCAAAUGGACUACACUCAAAAAACCUACAUAUCUUUUAUAAGGUUUGUUUUUACCAAAUUGGCUAAAAUACCGCCUAAAAGAAGAAAACUUUUUGGACGGCGCACGGCUGCUGCCUUCGCUACAAGAGCAGCAAGAGCAAGUGAAACCACAGAGCAAACUUCGUUACGCCUUUCUCAGAUGGCCUCACGCUCUGCUGCCUGCGUCUUCACGGAAACUACUGCUGAAUGGACUGAAAGGCUGGCAUCAGUAGCAUCAGUUAUGUCAUCACGACGCGCUAGACUUUCAACUGAAGAGCGUUUAGUACAGAAUUCACAGGACGCAAUAUGCGUUUCUAGGGCCAGGGCUUCCGAGUCCCCAGCACAGACAAUCCUUCGACGUUCAAAGAAUACCACCGUUACAGCUUGUUCUAGAGCUUUAGAAAGCCCUGAACAGACCACUUCGCGUCGUCUUAGGAAUGCUAGGGCAACGGCAUCUUCCAGGGUUUCGGAACCACCUCAACAAACCGCUAUUCGUCGUUUAAGAAAUGCCAGUACUACUGCGUCUGCCAGAGCUUUAGAAAGUCCUGUGCUGACCGCUAAUUGGCGUUUGAGGAAUUUCAGAUAUACUGCGUCUGCCAGAGCUUCAGAAAGCCCUGGGGUACGGCUAGCACGGCUCAACAACAAUGACCAAAUCGCAAGGACAGACGCUCAGCGUCGCGGUGUAUUAAAUCUAUCUAUCUAUCUAUCUAUCUAUCUAUCUAUCUAUCUAUAA